UUCAUCUUAACUGUCCGGCCCAGCCCCUUUUCUUCCUUUUCUUCAGAAAAACUUGCACUCUAUGCUUGGCAGAAUCUCUUCUCCAUGGCGCGCGAACCGAAGAGCGUUGGUGUGAAGAUCCUAUGGGUUUGGACUUUUGGAACCGCCGCUAUCCUAGUCACCAACGCCAUGCGCACCAGAAUGAGAGACAUGGAAGCACUCAUGAACGCCGAACAACAACAGCAGCACGAUUCCGCUACCACUGACUCGUCUUUGGUGGACAUGAAUAGAGAUUGAUCUGCACUGUUCCUGACUCGUUCUUGGAGUGUGAGUUGCUGAUUAAACUCGCCUGGGAUAAAAGGGCACACGACGUGUUUGUUGAAUGUCGUAACUGAACUACCGCCAGCGAAAUUUGGAACCCAGGCACGAUGGUGAUUUUUUUUUUUAUACUUUACUAUUUUUCAUCGAUUUUUGUGAUUGUGGCAUGUGUUUUGCACCAUAUUCCCAUAAAUUGAUCUUCUUGUGGGCUUGGCAAUUUGACACUGUUGAUGUUGUGGGAUUCGCGUUAGUUAAUAUUUUAUUUAGAUGCUGAAAAUGUGUGGCAUGAUAGUUUGAAUAUAGUUUUUGAAUGUUGAUAAAGUAAAAAAGUCAUUGAAUAUAGUAUAUAGUCAAUUAUAUA